CACCCUGCAAUUCCCCUCCCCCCUCCGCUCCCUGAAACCCCCCCCAUUGGAAUCCGACGAGUUUGAUUUGGGGAUUUCGGCGCCUCGCUUCCGGAAAUUUCUCGGAUCUGAGGUCGGCCGCCGUCGUCGAUUUGCGGCUGGAGUUGGAGUUUGCGAGUUUUCCGGAUCGGUUUGGUCGGGGGGUUUGGGGUUUCGCUUUGCGGGGAUGGAGUCGUAUCCGGUGUCGUACUGGUGCUACCGCUGCAGCCGCUUCGUGAGGGUGUCUCCGGCCACCGUCGUCUGCCCCGAGUGCGACGGCGGCUUCCUGGAGCAGUUCCCGCAGCCGCCGCCACGGGGCGGCGGUGGGAGCGGCCGGCGUGGGUCGAUGAACCCGGUCAUCGUUCUCCGGGGCGGAUCGUUGGCCGGGUUCGAGCUCUACUACGAUGAUGGCGCGGGCGACGGGCUGCGGCCACUACCUGGCGACGUAUCGCACCUCCUUAUGGGGUCCGGGUUCCACCGCCUUCUCGACCAGUUCUCGCGCCUGGAUGCGGCGGCGCCGCGGCCGCCGGCGUCGAAGGCUGCGGUGGAGUCCAUGCCGUCGGUGACGGUCGCCGGAGGCGGGGCCCACUGUGCCGUGUGCCAGGAGGCCUUUGAGCCCGGCGCCGCCGGGCGGGAGAUGCCGUGCAAGCACGUCUACCACCAGGACUGCAUCCUACCCUGGCUCUCCCUCCGCAACUCCUGCCCCAUCUGCCGCCAAGAGCUUCCGGCCGCUGCCACCCCAGAUGUGGAGGCGGCGGAUGCGGGGCUCACCAUCUGGCGACUUCCACGCGGUGGAUUUGCCGUCGGGAGGUUUGCCGGCGGGCCCAGAGAGCAGCUCCCAGUUGUCUACACUGAGCUGGAUGGGGGCUUCAGUAACGGGGUCAGGCCAAGGCGGGUGACAUGGCCAGAGGGAGAUGGGCAAGUGGGUGGCGGCGGCGAAGGUCGGAUUCGCCGUGUUUUUAGGAAUCUAUUUGGCUGUUUUGGUCAGGGCAGGCGGCAAGCGAGCUCGUCUCAAUCCAGUAGUGGCUGAGCAGAGUUUUCCUUGGUAACUCUUUUUUCAAUUGAUUGCGGUGAAAAACUAGGGUUAGUAUAAGAUGAGAACCAAGAUUAUGAUUUCUUGGGACUUUUGAUGUAAAUGAAGGCCUUGCAUUUUCCCCUCCUUUGUCUCAUUUAAGAACUAAGAGAUGUCUAUGAGUAAACAGCUUGGAACGAGCUUGGCCAGCAAUUUAGGUCAAACAACAGAGGGAAAGCGGUGAAUUUAUUGGGGAAUUAGUCAAUUCCAAGAUUGUAGGUUGGGAAAACAAUUGUUGUAUUCAUAUCUCUACUAUUUGUAUACAUACUGGGAAUUCACAUUUUGCUAUAUCUUAUGUUAAUAUUUAAAAUCCCAAAAUUCUAUUUUUACACUUUUGUAUCUCAUGCUAAGCUCCUUUUGUUUCAACAAAAAUAUGUGCGUCAUGGAUCAGUCAUAACAAUGGCAACCCCAGCACUCGCUAAAGUUUAAUGGUCAUAUCAUAGUCUAGCUUGUGCUCCUAUUGCUAAUUAGUGAUUGCUAGUGUUUUCUUAAAUCUUCUGGCUGUUUCUCCCUCGAUUUUGAUGUUUUUGUUUCCUCUCCUAAAUAAGGAAAGUCCCUAUGUUCUUUCUAAAUGCUCUUACCAACUCAAAUAUUUUUUCUGUGCCUUCAAAAUAUCAAACAUUUUUCAGUGAGUUCAACUACUGUGGGAUAUUGUUUGGGGUGGUGCACAAUGAGUAAAGGUUAUUUAAGAAGAUAUUUACAGUAUCUAAAUAUAGCAUUGUCAUAUGUCUAAGAAAACUGUACCACAUGUCCAAAAGUAUGGAUGGUUAGAUGAAGUUUCCUUCCAGAUGGAUCCUAUGAAUCUCGGUUGUAACUUUGUUCUAGUUGUAGUAACUGUGCUAUUUUGUGGAAUUUACUACCAUUUGUCUCCAAUUAUUAUUUCUUGCUUUCAGCCUUUCACAAUUUUAUACCUGCUAUGUUUUAUUCAUAUACGAAUAAAAAUGGGCGGUGGUGACAUGUUCUUUUUCCAUGUUCAUUUCUGGCAGGAUUGGUGAACAAUAGCGUUAUCUUGCAAUAGACAUGAUGACAAUUUGUCUAUGUUCAUUUGUUUGAGAGUCAUACAGAUUAAUACUCCCAACUGUGAAAUUGUUCCUUGUCAUUUCUUCUGUAUUUUCUUUAAAAUUGCAACAGAGUGAAUUUUCUAAUGAUGAGAUGAGUUAUACACACAGACAUAACUACUGCUUUUGUUCCAGUUAUGAUUUCAAUUGAGAAAAUUCAUCGCAACUCAACCCUAUAUGUUCAUGGCUCAUAUUGAACUUGUGAAGAAAAAAAAAAUUAUUUGCUGUCUUCAGUGUCUUAUGACUGCCUUAUUGUUUUGUAUUACCUCUAAUCUGAUAUGAAUGUGUGGCUUUAGGAGUUACUUAAAUGCAGAAGGAUAUCUGAGAAACUGCAUAAAAUUUUCUAUAGUGUAGUCUUUGUUUUGCUCACUUGACUACGUGUAGUACCUUUGGCCAAAGAAACCUGCUUCGGCAUGCAGUAGAAUGUCUUUGUCAUCUUCUUCCUUUUACAUCUUUUCUAGUAACAACAUGAAUGCUGAAGCAGCAUCUAUGCAAGGUUCUGUUGUCUGCAGGCAGAAAAUACCUAAACAUCAAUUCGAUAUCUUUACAGUGAGGGUAAGAAAUCAUUUCAUUUCUUGAGUUCCGGCUAUAUUCCAUGACUACAAUUCAACCAUGGUUAGUGAAGCUUGUUGAAGUUCAGUUCAGUGUAUCAUUAUCCUCUACUUCUCUUCGGGGUUACCAUGUAUUAUUCAUGGAUUAUAGUUGUAAUCCAUUACUACUCAUGCAGCAAUUGUUUGGACAUUAUACAUUACAGAAGAUUCCUAUCUAUUGGCUAAGAACUGACAAUGGAUCCUAACUAGCUAUUUAACUUUUCCUGUUUCAAUUGCUGCCUGUGAAUAGUCAUCCAGUGACUGACAAUUUUCUUUUAAAAUGUUCAGUUGGUUGCUUUACCCUUUACACUAUGUUCUAUGUCUUACUUCUUUCUUCUAGCUAAAUUGUUCUGGAAAUGUGGGUCUAUGUUUUAUACUUCUGUUGCUAAUGGUAUCUUUUCUUUCUGGCUUCCAGAUGGAAAUGUGAUAUACUUUUCAUGAUAAUUCUCCAUCUCAUCCUUCUCAUGGCUGUAGGUUGACAUGAAGGAUUUCAGUGGUCCAUGUGACAUGCGUACUGUUCACUAGGUUCUCCAGUUAACAACGAUUUGGCAAGGGAAGAGAUGAACCACAGGGAGUCCUUGACUAUUGAGAUGUUCUGCAAACCUUCCCUGCGAGAAGAUAUUUGACAAGGGAAGAGAUGAACUCUGUUUCUGUGCAAUGUAACCCGUUUUUGGCAGCAUGGCAGAAGUUGGGUGUGGAAUGGUGGGAUCACCCGGUGCUUUCGGAGAUGCAAGGGAUUCGACUGAUGUUAAUACGCAUAAUAGUGUGUACCUUUCAGUGGUAUUACUAGAAACACUGCACGGCAUUGCCGCGGUUCAUUUAUUUUUGCUA